UCAUCGCGUGCCACGUCAUCUUUCUCUCUCCCUUCUCCCUCUCUCUCCUCCCCUCCAAUCUCCACUUCAAUCAUUGCUCUCUCUCUCUCUCUCUCUCUCUCUCUACACGAUCGAAGGAGCUCGAACUCGAGAUCUCAGGGUUACACAUAUUUGUGUGGAGAUUCACAAUUAUAUUUACUCUUGAACAAUCAUUAAAAUAAAGAGAUCAAGCUUUUCUGGGCUUCUUUUUUAAUACCAAGAGGAGGCACGAUAAGCGAGUGAUCAUUCUCGUUGCCAUGGCGACCAAUGAGAAUCUUCCGCCUAAUGUUAUCAAACAACUCGCUAAGGAACUUAAGAAUCUCGACGAGACACCUCCAGAAGGGAUAAAAGUGGUCGUUAAUGGUGACGACUUCUCUACCAUUUAUGCCGAUAUUGAGGGUCCUGCUGGGACUCCCUAUGAGAAUGGCAUAUUCCGCAUGAAGCUGUUGUUGUCUCGUGAUUUUCCCCAGUCUCCUCCAAAAGGUUACUUUAUGACAAAAAUAUUCCACCCAAACAUUGCGGUUAAUGGUGAGAUCUGCGUCAACACAUUGAAAAAGGACUGGAAUCCAAGUCUUGGCUUGCAACAUGUUUUGCUUGUGAUCAGAUGCCUACUGAUCGAACCUUUCCCAGAAUCUGCGCUCAAUGAGCAGGCCGGUAAGAUGUUGCUCGAAAACUAUGAGGAGUAUGCAAGGCAUGCUAGGUUGUAUACUGGAAUACAUGCUCUCAAACCUCGCAUAAAGCCAAAGACUGGAGCAAUUUCCGAGUCCACCACAGUGCUUAAUGUGGACCAAACGAACACGGUUCUUAGCGGCAAAUUGCCUCAGGUUGCUACCCCACUUACUUCCCCAGCGGCCUCCAAAGGAUCAGUUUUGAACUCUCAGGACGAAAACGCCAUUAUUGUUCCUUCUUCCGAGGCUGCUAGUGGGGCAUCAGCGGUGCAAAAGAAAGAAGGGGUAGCUGCUGCGAAAAUUCAGAUGGAUAAGAAGAAGAUGGACGCGAGGAAGAAGAGCUUGAAGAGAUUAUAGGAAAGAUUUGGGGUUUAAAAUUUUAGGCUAGAUUAGAGCUUUAUAGGCGCCAAAUUUAUUCGGUGGACUAUUGGGGAUGGUUAUGAUAUGCUGUAUCAUCAUUUGGAUUAGUGUGUAGAGAGGAUGAGUGAGGGGUGGAUGAGUGAGGGGUGGGGGGGGAGAUGUGUCUGAAUUGGAUCUCUCUCUUUCUGUCUUCUUUUAUGCAUUGAAAAUUCUUGGAAAGAAGGCUGCUUCUCAUUCCAAUCUGUACUACUAGAAUUAUCAUACGAGCAACGCAUGUGCGACUGCAUUGGGAAUAGAUUGAGGGUAAUGUGAUCUUAUUGAUGAGAAAAGUAGUCAUUUCAAAUGUGCAUCUUAAUUUGCCAGCAGAGAGGAAGGAAAGAGUGGUCACAAUUGGUAGGAGGAUGGUUCAGAUUCUGUAAUUUGUUAUUGUCAAGUGCCUGUUCAUCUUUCUGUGUGUGAUCCUGUUGUGGGACACUUGUUUGGACUUCAAAGAUGCUUGAGGUAAUCACCUUUCUCCCCCUCAUAAAAACUAUAUGAGGAAAAUAAGAAGACAAUUUGAGUUUUAA